GACCUGUCAGAGUCUGCAGUUGUCUGCACUGUAAUGUCACAUUGGUUUAAGGAGGGGCGGGGUCCGAGGCUGGUCCUGAAUCCCCACCCCCCACCCCCACCUCCACCUCCAACACUAAAAGAAGGGAAAAGUGGCAAUGAUCGGAAGUCCCGUUGGGCGUCCCCCGGACGCUUACGCUCUUGACAGGUUGGUGUGGAGGGAAAAAGAUGGCUGCUUCGGCGGCAACGGCGAGUUGCCCCCCUGCACUGUGUCCCAAUUACGCCGUCAUUUGCUCCUUUCUGGAGCGCUACGGUGCGCAGCUGGACCUGCCAGAGCUCACCUUCCCGCAGCUGGAGCGAUACCUGCGGGACACAUCCUCAGUUCCCAAGUUGCUAGUUGACCUUCAUGUCAAGUUGCUGAGAAAGAUUGGGAAGUCGGUGUCAGCAGACAGAUGGGAAAAGAAUCUUGUCAAGAUAUGUCAAGAGUUCAACACGGCAUGGGCGUGGGAGCUGGAAGAAAAGGGCUACAGGAGCAUGACAGUGGACAGCAAGACAGCCAUCCUUAAAUAUCUGUGCGAGUGUCAGUUUGAUGACAACCUGAAGUUCAAGAAUACCAUCAAUGAGGAGGACCCGGACAAGAUGCGUCUGCAGCCCAUCGGCCGCGACAAGGACGGCCAGAUGUACUGGUUCCAGCUGGACCAGGACGACAACGUCCGCCUCUAUGUGGAGGAGCAGGACGACCUGGACGGCGCUUCGUGGAAGUGCAUCGCCAGAGAUCGCAGCGACUUGGCGCAAGUGGUGGCUCUGCUCAAGACACACAUUGAUCCCGAGCUCUUGAAGAGAGAGACUAAGAGUGAAAAGGAUCAAGCAGAUGGCGUAAAGAAAGAUGAGAGCUCAUCAGACGAGGACAUCAAAGACCCCACCCAGGCGGCCUUGCAGGUGUCACCAAAGACGGAGAGCAACGGAAAAUUGGAUCACACCGAUGAGCUCAAAUCGGAGACGUCCGAGAUCAAAUUGGCAGUGAACGGCAUAACGGAAGCGAUGACCCAGAAGCCGGCCAAUCACGGUUUAGUCAACGAAACCCCGACGAUCAAAGAAGAGCCCAAGGAGACGGUCGAAGCCAGGGCGGAGACGCAGGGCGGGGAGCCCGCUCCCAAGCACAACAGCGUCGACGAGAUCCAGCAGAUGAAGAACGAGCAGCAAGCCAAGAUCCCUCUGAAGAAAAGAGGCAUGAAGUUCGCGCCGGCGUUGCAGCUAAAGGACAACGUCAAACCCAAGCCCGUCUGCGGGGAGACACGCGGCGGGAAAGAGCAAAUCAACGGUGAAGUUCGGCCCACGUCGGAGACGUGCCUCCACCCCCGUUUGAGUGAACAUGAAUCGGGAUCCACAAAGGGGCAGAAAGAACACUGCCAUGCGGAGAAGGUCACGGCUUCGCCCGUCGACGAGGAAAAAGCUGAAGGAACAGAGAAGGCGACGAAGGAAGCCGACGAUAAAUUAUCCGAACUCGAACGAGACGGGAAUUUAAAAGAGCUCAAGCGAGGAGACAAAAAAGCUGCGUUGUCUUUGGAGGACAACGUGAACGCGUCGGAAAAAAUGGACGCCGCCGUCAAGAACGAGGAGAAAUCAAAUCACGAGGUCACGGCCGCAGACUGCACCUCAAAAGAUACAGAAAAGGCGAAAGGAAAACCACUCUGCGUGGACGCCCCAACCGAAGGAACAAGGAAAGCCGGAAAUAACACGAGCGAGAGCGAAACGGAGAAGUUGCAACCCGCUGAGGAGGAGACGCGCAAGAACAACGCCGUGAGCCGAAAGGACGAGUCGCAAAAGGAGGCGGCGCAAAACUUGACCGUCAUUCAAAAGGCAGACAAGCCCGCAAGCCAGAAAGCUCCAGAAUCGCCCGAGUCGUCGGUCAUCAAAAAGACCAGCGCGGCGGACGUGCGUCAAGAGAUGGCCGCCAGCCAAGACGUGAAACCCAACGGCGCUUCGGUAACUAACUCCGAAAAGCCGAUCGAGUCGGAAGCCACAAAAGACGAGCUCCGUCGUGACGCCGUCCAGGCGGACCACUCGCCGUCCAAACCUGCAGAAGAAGCCGCGAACGCCGCCAAAGCCGACCGGGGCGAAUCAAAACGGGACGACCGGCCUGCAACGCUCCCGCCGAAAACGUCGGAAAACGCAGCUGCCGUAGAACCGGCGUGGCCGUCGGCGGAAAACAACAAGGAGGACGACACCAACGAGAGGCUUGACUGUCAAGUGGACGAAAGCCCGCCGGAGUUCACAAACGAUACAUUCUCCCAAAAUGAUAAAAAAGAGCCCCCUGGUGAAUCCAAAACGAUAAAACACACGACCGAAGAGCGUAUCAUCAAAACCGUCCUGGUUUUAAGCAAACAUGAGGACGACCAGCCCAAGCAAGAGGUCGAAAACGGCAACCGACCUCCGCCGGACGCCAAUCUUACAUGUCAAGAAAGCCAAAAGGAUUCGACGAUGGAUAAAUGUUCCAAAGCCGAUACGGCGUCGACGAAAGAUGCUCCUGAAGGAUCCGAAACGGCGAAACAAGACGCUGAAGUGACGCCCCAAGAGGAUCACGUGAAGGCGUCGUCGGAAACCAGCGAGCAGGUAGUCGUCGGUGAGGUCACGCCAAGCAAAAACGAGGUCGCCGAGAACCGGAAUGAGUCGCGACGCGGCGACCUGAAAUGUCAAAAGGAUUCCGCGAGGGAUCAACUCUGCGAAAGGGAUCAAAAGACGGAGAACGAUUUCGCUGGCGGAUUGAAAAUGGCAAAACACGCUGAUGACAAGGCGACAGAAGGAUGCGACCGCGACGUCGUUCGCAAAGCGCAACGUGAUGACAAACUUCAAUGUCGGUAUCCCGUCACGGAUGAAGAACUCUCCAAAACGGCGGCGAACGAGACUCCCGAUGAACUCGAAUCGGUGAAAACGAUUGACCAAAACGUGACCGAAGAACUCGAUGACAAAGCGAAAAAACAGCCAAUAGAAGACACGAGGAAGAGCAGAGAACCUGUCGCCGCCGGUGAGGCAUCCGAAAAGAAAAACGAGGAGGCGGAAAUGGAAAAAGUCAAAACGAUCGACCCUGCCGAUGGCGCCAAAAUGAUAAAACCCGCCGAUGAAAAAGCGACGGUCGAGCUUGCCGGCAAGUCCCCAGCCGAAGCCGAGCGAGCCGAAGUCGCGAGUGACGCACCGAAAGGCAAAAACGAGGAAGACGAGCCCAAGGGUCCGCCCGACGAGAAGCUCAAAUGUCAGAAGGAUUCCAAAACGGAAAAAAUUUUCCAAAGCAACGCCGCGCCAGAGGAAACCCCCCCUCAUGAAUCGGAAACACCCCAACCCGAUGACCUAAAGGUCAUCAAACGACCGGAAGAUGGCGAGGCGAAAACCGCCCGCCGAGCUCUGCCAGAAACGAAGCUUAAAUGUCAAGAAAGUGAAAAGGAUCCAACGAUGGACAAAGCGUGUCCGGAAGACGUUCCCAAAAACGGCGAAACGAUCGAUCCGAAAUCCACUGACCAAAAGGCGCUCCAAGGACGCGACUCCGAGCUUCUGGCGGCAACGGAGCGAUCGGAAGACAAAAGCGAGGCAUCGAAAAGAAAAAACGAAGAAAGCGAGUCCAAGGAAACCAGCAGCGUCAAGCGGGACCGUCACGAAAUGAAAACCGAGUCCAUCGUGGAAAAACUCGCCCCAAGCAAUCACGCAAAGGAGAGCGACGAGGUGGCUCAAAGCAGAAACGAGCAAAACGAGUCGGAGACUCGGCCCGACGCACCGCGUCAAAGCGAAAAAGCUUCCACGCCGCCUCAACUCGGUCCCAAAGACGGCGAAUCCAAAACGCCGAAGCCCGACCGCCGAACGGCGACCGGAGAACGCGACGGCCAAGAAGCGGCCGCCGAGAGCAAAAGCGAGCGAGACGAGUCCAAGAAAGAAACGGGAAACGGCGGCCGAGCUCGGUCGGAGAAAAGCGCCGCUCGGCCGGAGAAAAGCGCCGCCCGCGGGGGUGUCAAAAGCGCCGCCCGCCGGCGCUGGGUGAAACUUCAGCGGCAGGCGAAGCAGGGCGACUCCGAGUCGGACACCAACGCGGGUGGCGGCGGCGGCGGCGUGUCCUUGAGACGAUCGCCCAGGAUAUCCAGACCCACGCAGAAGGUGGCGGAGGUCCAAGACAACAAGGUCGAGAAGCCUCGGGAGGGGGAGGGGGAGGAGGAGGAGGAAGAGAAGGCAGAAGAAGAAGAAGAAGAAGAGGAGGAGGGAAAGGUGAAAGUCAUUGUGAGGAAGCCCAGAGAGAAGAAAGUGGAUCAAGAUGGUCAGGCCAAACCAAAGGGGCGAAAGCGGCGAAAGGCGCGCUGGUCCAACAUGCGCACCCGCCACAAAAGGAAAGGCUCCGAGGAGGACGACGACGACGACAGCGACGGGGAGGCCAGCGAGUACGAGGAGAGCGAGGAAGAAGAGGACGACAGCGACGAGGACUACAAGGUGGAGCGAGGAGCCAAGAGGCGCCGACACAACCGGGAGCGCCGCGAUUCCGACUCGUCGGCGUCCUCCGAUGACCUGCCGCCCAACGACGACCCCUGCAAACACUGCGGGCUUCCCAACCACCCGGAACUGAUCUUACUGUGCGAUUCGUGCGACAGCGGCUACCACACGGCUUGCCUCAGGCCGCCCCUCAUGAUCAUCCCCGACGGCGAGUGGUUCUGCCCGCCCUGCCAACACAAAAACUUGUGCGACAAACUGGAAGAGCAGCUGCUAAACCUCGACGCCGCCUUGAAGAAGAAACAGCGUGCGGAAAGAAGGAAAGAGCGUCUCAUUUACGUCGGAAUCAGCGUGGAAAACAUCAUCGCGCCCUCGGUGGUGUUGGAAGAGGAGAAGCAGGAGGUGAUUGUGAAGGAGAAGGAGGUCAAGCGGCGUAAGAGCUGGGGGCGACGCUCCACCAGGGCCAAGAAGAACAUCAGCUACAGGUUCGAUGAGUUCGACGAGGCCAUCGAGGAGGCCAUCGAAGAGGACGUCAAAGAAGCCGGCGGAGGAGGAGCGGGACGCGGCAAAGACAUGGCCAACAUCACGGGGAGCAGGGGGAAGGAUAUGGCCACCAUCAUCCAGUCGGAGGACGGCAAGGAGAACGGUCGGCCGCCUCGGCCCAACGCCGGCCAGCGCAAGAAGAAGCGGCGGCGCCUCAACGACCUGGACAGCGAAAGCACCGCGGACGACGACGAGAGCGAGGACGAGUUCUGCCUCAGUGAAAGCUCAGAGGAAGACUUUGUGGUGUCGGACAACGGAACGGCAGUCGAGACGGACUCCAACGGCAGCGACGACGGCAAGCGGCACUCGUCCAAGCCGCGCAGCAAGAAUUCGCCGAAGCGACGAUGCAGCUCCCGAAAGCGGCGGAGACCGAAAGGCUACUCGGACGACGAGGAAGUGGAGACGGAUGAGGAAGACGAAGAAGAGGAAAUCGCGAGCCAAGGUUCCAGCGAGUACAGCGACAGCGACCUGGAUGUAAGCAGGCGGCGCUCGCGGCGAAGUCACAAGGCUCAGGUCAACUACUGCGAGACGUCCGAGUCGGAAGGAUCCCAGGCCGGAACCAAUCGGGAGAAAACCAAACUCAGACGAUUCCUGGACACCUCAGAAAGCGAAGCGAGCUUCUCCAGAGAUUCCGAGGAUGGCUCCAGGGACCGCCCGCCCAAACGGCGAGUUGACUCAUCGGAAGAAGACGGGGAAAGGGGGUCGUCAAAGCAGCAUCGCCGUCGUCUGGCCCUGAAACGCCGGAGAGCGUCGGAAGAGGAAGUAGACUCGGACGAUGACUCGGACGAAUCCUCCUCCUCUGAGGAGGACCGGCCCGUGCGGAAAAGGGUCAACCGCAUCGACUCGGAUGACGAUGACGAGGAGGAGGAGGUGAAGCCAAAGGAGAAGAAGGCCGCCGAGGGCAAGACAGUUGAGGAGAAGGUUUCCGAGGAGAAGCCCAGAGAGGAGGCCAAGGGGAGCAACCAAUUGGACUGCAACAACGGACAGCCCGCCAAAGAGGACGAAGACGAAGACGACCUGCUGGGUGUCAUGGACCUCGUGGACUACGUCUGCAAUAAUGAACAAUUGUAAAAACAUUUUUAAAAAACAACAAAAGUGUACGAUUUCAUUUUUUGUGCUCUUGUAUUUUUAUAUUCCUGUUAUUAUUCUUAUUAUUGUACCCUCUUCAUGCCAAUGUGU